ACUUUGGAUGACUUAACUGAUAGCAGGUAGAGUGUUGUUAUGCAAUGUUCAGCAGUAUAUCAAUUUAAUGUUAUUGACUUUUUCAAUUCGUAGCUGAUACUAAGUGCCAUUAUAUUGUGCCUCUGCUACAUUCAUAAUUGUCAUUGUUAUUGAGUUUCACCCUAACCUUUGAUCUGCCCUUAAUCACGCACACCAUUAUUCAAUUUCUUUAUGCUUUUCCAGGGUUCUCUGCGCUCUUGUAAACUCUUUCGUUCCUGAAACAUUCACCACUGAAGUCCUGUUAAAUGACAGGUAAAUAUCAUACAACACAUGAUGUCACCAUGCAUGAUUACAUGUUUGGGGUAUAUACUACAGUAUAUGACGGUAAUGCUAUCAAGGUUUUGCAUGGCAAUAAUAGAGAACGGCAAUGCGUUUUCACUUCUGGAUGAGACACUGAUUUCAGAUAAGUUAUGGUGUUAACUAUGGUGAUUAUAGAAUCCGUUGCAUCCUGCAUAUAUUUUCGUGUAUGCCGGGCUUAUUUCUGUAAUUAUUUGGGAAAUUUAAAGACUUAUUUACGUUUCUGUUACCAUAUUGAUAUUUAUUAAUAAUUAUAUAAUAUUUCCAUAAAGGUCAUAUAGUGAUUGAUAUUUAUAAAUUAUCACGUAAUAUUUGCAUAAAGUCAUAGGCCUACUGAUUGAUAUUUAUUAAUAAUUAAGUAAUAUUUACAUAAAGGUGAUAGUGAUUGAUAUUUAUUAAACAAUUGCUUUGCCUCCAUGUGGUGACCAAAAUGUUUCAGAGAGUGAGUAUACUAGGAAGCGUGCAAUUAAAUUGUAAAGCGUUUUUAUCAUGAUAUUUGCGAGAUCGCACCGAAUAUCUUUAAUUAAUUUUGUUUUUAUACCUUUUUAGGUGGACAGUGAACUUAGCUCUCCAGACCGCAAACGAGUUCUUUAAAUCUCCUAGCUCCUUUGAUGCGUCAGAUCUUGCUCAGGUAUUUCUUAUCAGUUCGCUCUACGCUACAGCCUAGAGCCGUAGACAGUCGAGUGGAAUGGACUGGAAAGGCUAACGUAAAAAGCUGUCGUUAUUCGUGACAUCUGCGUUGUGAAUGAGCUAUAAUCCUCAUAACUAACCCUGUGGCUUAAAGAGAUCAUGUUUUACGUAGCGCAAACAACAUGUUUACGAAACUAAAACAUAAAUUGUAGUCGUUUACUUUAGCUUACGAUUGGCAUUUCCAUAGCGCACCAAAUAUUACGCUUACCUAAUUAGCCUACAUACUUAGCCUAUAGAUUAUGUUAUCUUUACAACAAUGGGUGAUUCCAGCUAAAUUUUGAUCAAGGCAAGAAGAAUAAAAUCCAACACCACAGCUACAAUCCUGGUCGAAAAUAUUGACGCACUUGACACUGACUGUGCGAAAUUUGACUCCCACUUCAAUAACAAGCAUAGCAACCCCCCUUUCCCCGCUCAAUGUUGUCUGUAGUGUGUUAUAUGUCCAAGGUUUUACACAACAUUGAUAAGGGGGAUAGGGGGUGUUUGGACAUGAAAUUUUGCAUAAAAUUGAUAAGUAUUUAUAUGGUAAUCAGAAAUGAAGUAAAGAUUAUGCUAUUUCGACUAAGUGCGCCAAGGAUAUAAUUUGACCAGGAUUGUCUGCAUGAAUGUGCAUUAUCUUACAUUUUUAUUUUUAUUUCAUCAAAAUACAUCGUUAAUCCUUAAAUCGUUAGUAAACCUUUAGUAAUAUUUUGCGUGUUAAUAACGUGCGUCUAAAUAAAUAAUAAACAUUUAUAAUAUAAUAAUAAUAAUAAAAUAUAAUAAAUAAAUAAUGACAUAUUAAAGUAGCUACGCUAUUUCAAACAUAUAUCCUUUUUUAGAAUUUUCACUUUAAUCGUACUCAAUCUAACAUGAAUUAUGGGCGUGUGCACAUUUUGAAAAGUAUAAUCAGAUGGAAACAAGUAUUUAAGCCGUAAUUUGUGGUCUUGUAUAUAUUUCACUAGUUACAUUUGACGACAGAAUACUACGUGAACAAUGCUUUGCUAAGUUUGUUUUAGAUUGCAAGUUAUAACUAAAUCGCAUUAGUCAUUGACGUAAUAAGCACUUAUACACAACCUAUAAUGUUUCACGCCCAGAUAUGCAUAACAUAAAGUCAUAGGUCCAUACAUUACUCCAUCAAAAAAUUCAUUGUAAAUCUAUUAAAUCUUAAUAUUUGCAAAUAAUAUAACGAUCUUUGAUAAUGAUAUUUAAUGGUCAACUUAUUUGCUUCGAAAUAAAUAAAUUAUAACUAUAUCUUGCAUGUUUUUGAACAGUGCUCCCCAUUUUCCUAAAGAAUUCAGUGAGAUAGUCACGGAAUUUAAGCUAGAUUUGUGGAGUACUGUUCUUAAUUUUGCAAUAAUGACCUAAAUAAGAUUUAAUAAAUGAAUAAAUGCAUUUAUUCAAGUAAUGCAAACCACUUUGUGUAUCCGAAAACAAAAAUUUCUGCAUCCUUGGCAAAUAAUUAGGAAAUAUCAAGGGAACACUGUUUGUAAUCUUGCGUUGCUGCACCAUUGGAGUCACGCUGUGAAGACGUGUAAUUGUACUUAGCAUUUAAUCUACUUGUUGACAGCAAGCUAAUUGCCUAUUUGCGAAAACGGCUACACCUAUUUUGAUCUAUCUAAUUAUCGAAAUGCAUAUUAUUCAAUUUUAUUUUCUAGCCAGCCUCACUUAAUAUACGCGUACGGGAUUAUCAUGAUUCAUAGUAACACCCCCCCCCCACAUAUGACGUCAUAAUUAUCAACAUUACGACGCGCACGCUAGGUUUUCAAUAACUCCCAACGAAAUCAUCUAGAACACGCCUCCCAAUAUACGUAGAAAACACGUAAAUAAUGUUUCGGUACAUUCUGAGUCAAAAUUAUAUAUGCACAUAAAUUUUAGUUUCAUUUUUAUAUUCGGACAAUCCUGGUCAAAAAUAUUGGCGCACUUGACACUGACUGUGCGAAAUGUGACUCCCACUUCAAUAACAAGUAUAGCAACCCCCCUUUCCCCCGCUCAAUGUUGUCUGUAGUGUGUUAUAUGUCCAAGGUGUUACACAACCUUGAUAAGGGGGAUAGGGGGUGUUUGGACAUGAAAUUUUGCAUAAAAUUGACAAGUAUUUAUAUGGUAAUCAGAAAUGAAGUAAAGGUUAUGCUAUUUCGACUAAGUGCGCCAUGGAUAUUUGACCAGGAUUGUAGAAAGAGCUUCUUAGAAUGAAUGUGUGCAGUGUCUUUGAUUUCAUAUCUAGUUAAAAUAGCCGUGGCUAGAAUGAAUGUGUGCAGUGUCUUUGAUUUCAUAUCUAGUUAAAAUAGCCAUGAUAACUACACGUACCACAAAUCAGCUAUUGUUAUUUAAGAUAUUGUCGAAGCCAGCGUCAGAAAAUAAACCAUGUAAUUCGAAAGCAAAUGUUUGUGGGGGUUUUAUUAUUAGAUUAUAAAAGGCUAAUUUUUCAGCAAUCAAGCUACGAAACGAUUAUUAAUUCAUUGAUGUGAAGCUUUCCGUUUUACAGGAACUUCGUAGCAUGUUGUAUUACCAACAGCAAUGCGCCAAACCAUGGUGUUUGCAGCCCAAUCCCAACUUGUGUUGAUUCGUAAACUAAACGAUUUUUUUAAAUUUUAUUUCAAGGGGGAUAUUAUGUCUGUUUGUUCAUAUUUCGCAUUUUUCUUCAUGUGUGGUUACAAACUAAGGCAAUAUCAAGCUGUGCUGAAGAGAAUGGUAAUGUAGAAAAAUUAUGGAAACCUCUAAAGGCACGUUUACACUUGCAAUUUGCUGCGAUUUUUUGUGAAAUUUUCUCUUUUUAAUGUAUGCGAACGAGUAGACGACUAAAAUGAUUUAUGAUAUGUUUACCCUCAUCUCAACAUUCAUAUCUUAUCCACUCGCUCACAUCCAUUAGAAGAAGAAAGAAAAUCACACCUAUAAAAUCACAGCAAAAAUUGCAAGGAUAAACGAGAUUUUGAUGAGUGACGACUGUACUGUUUUGUUUGUACAGCCAUAUAUGCAAUAAAAUAAUGCACCACCCAGUGACUCAAAAUUUUGAGUAGAAUUACUAAAAUGUAUUAGUAAAUUUAGUAGAAAUCCUCUGAGUAAAAAAAGAUGAGUAUAUUUUUUGAGUCAACAUUUUUGCAGUGUAUAGUUGUCCAAGCCUCAAUGCAUGCAUUACAGUUCCAUUAAAUAUCAGAUGCCAUUUUAUUAAACAAUAUUUGUCACGUCUCUCUUUGUUAAAUGAGUGGACACAAUUGGUUCUAUUUAAUAUCUUUAGAAAAUAUUUAGACUUAGAAAAUAUUAGACUAUGCAUGUUUAUGUUUUAGGACGAAUUAUUGUUAUUAAAAUUGGGAAUCAAAGAUGAUGUAGACCAAAUUGGACAGAAGGACAAAAACAGAAAAUUGGUUUUGGAAGAAGCACUUGCAGACUACGAACUCCGUAUGUGUUUCUUCGUUCAGGAGGGGGAGGGUGGAUGAGGCUUUACUGGCCUGGUCAGUUUUCACUCUGGACUCCAGAUGUGUGGAAAUGGUCGUGGGGUUUUUCCAAGCUGUCAAGGGAAUAUUGACAGGGUGCGGUAGGGUACAUGAAAGAAUAAUAGUUUACGACCCCGUGCUUCAGUGUUAGGUGUAGUUAAGUACAUAUUAUGAUUUAAGUAUACAGGGUGUAUCAAAAUAAACGCAAUUCAUCUUUUGUGCUUAAUAACUUUCGAAACACUAUUUCUAUAGUUAAACGCUUGUAGGCUUACUUCAAAGCCUGUUCUUUUCUCUUUCAAACAAACUAUUAUCCUUGUCUCCAAUGUUAGUAAUAAUUGCACAAGAAAAGAUUUAGUAAAACCUAUCAUUUUUAGUUGCUGUUUAAUUAUGCAAGUUUACUAUGAUAUUGUUUAGUCGGUUUAAAUGUUAGAAUUUUCUUCUUUAAACUUUAAUGUUGUCGUCACUACAUCUGGAAGACCACGUAAGAACAAAUUAAAAGUAUUUUAAAAGAGACCAGGUUGUUUGAAAAUCAUAAACGAAUAAUGCUAAAAAUCGUCAAAACAUUCUGGUGUCUGAGCCAGAGUGUCAUCGAAUUGCGAUGUAAUGUAAACAGAAAUUAUAGCAAGUUGAUGUCAGCUUAGAUGGUCCAAGCCAAAAUUAUAUCGCAUUUGAAGUUUCAAACUGAGUUAAAAAUAGUGGAAGAAAAGCCGUAAUUAUACUUAUUGUUACAAUCCAUUUAAUAAAAUGCAACAUUUUUUUGUUUUAAUGAAAAAAUCAGUUAUUUUUAUGAGAACGAUUUGUUAUUCCAUCUCAAUUUUUUUAAUCUCCAAUCGCAAUAACGUAAAGUAUUAUUACCCGCGAACCAAUGAGUCAAAUUUAAGAAACAACCCACUGUCAGAAAGCUGAAUGGCUACGCUUUAAAAUGAAGGUAAACUUUAACGUUUUCGUCUAUUAUUUGUUUAGCAAUUUACAUUUCAGUCGAGGAUUGCGCUUUUUUUGAUACACCCUGUAUUUAUAUGCAUAAAUAAAUUAUUAUGCGAUAACAUCAUGCAAGUUAUCAAACGUUAUGAAAUACUCGCAUGCAUGCGCUUUGUUGAUUGUGUUCUUGUUAACAUUGUUUUCUCUAUGUUAAAAUAUUUUUGGAAAGUACGUUUGAAUUUUUUGAAAGUAUUUUAUUUAUAUAUGAGUGAUUUAUUCUGUUUAUUUAUUAGAAAUACGCGAUUUGGAAAGUCAUUAUGAUCUUACUGAAUGCUCGACGUGGAUGAAGAAUAUAACAGCAAUACAAAAUAAAGUAAAUCUUUAUAUACCUUCCUUAACCAAUAAUAGCUCGAAAGAGUUUCAUUAUCCUAAACCUUUCAGGCUGGGAAUUAGGAAUUUUUCUGGCCUAUAAUUACUUUCAAAUGUUUUUCAAAAAUUGUAGAUCAUGACCUCCUUUUUUAAUAUUCCUUAAGAUGACUCGAUAUAGUUUUUUAAAAAAUGGAGAAUUCACAAUUUUAAUCCGUGUUUUUGGAGAAUUAGUACUUGUUGAAAAAUGUAUCUUAAUUAAUUAUUAAUAAUGUAAAACAGCAUGUAAAUAAUUUGAAUUUUUUAACGAAAUUUACGGAGCUGCCCUUGCUUGGCAACAAUCAUGUUUCAAAAUUACGGAUAAUUUGACUAUAAAGUAAUUUAACUCGUAAACGACAUCGGUGUCCCGCAAUUUUUAUUUCAUGAAAUGACUUCUGUUAGUAUACUCAAUUAUUUUGACAACUUUAAAAAAUUCUAUAAUAUGCCAAAAAGGUUUAUAUUAGGUAAAUGUGAUUAUUCAUGCUAACUUUUUUGGCUCAACAGAUUUUUUUUUGAAUUGUCAAAAUAAUUGAGUAUAAUGAAGGAAAUCAUUUUAUGGAAUAAAAGUUGGGGAUCACCGAUGUCAUUAACUUACUUUAAUUUAAAGCCAUAAUUUCCGCCAUCUUCAAACGUCAUUGUUGCCAUGGAGACACUAGUUCGAACCCUUUAAAUGAUGUUUUACAUCAAUAAGGUACUUCUUGUUCUUCAACAAGUAAUAAUUGUCCAAAAAUACGGAUCUACAUCGUGAAUUUUCCAUUUUUUGAAAAAAACUGUAUUGAGCCACCUUAAAUCGUAUAACGUUUUGCAAUAACAGUUAUUUUGGCAUGUUUAAUUUUGUGUGUUUCUUUCCCUGCCAGAUAAGUUAUCUGACAGGGAUUUCCAGUGUUCAAAACUGAAUGAAAAGAUGGCCUACAAAUUAUAUUUCCUUGGAACUGCAGGCCGCUAAUUUUUGACCUGCAAAACUGCUUUUUUGCACGAUGAUUUGUCAUUUGUUGGAGGUUAAUUUGCGUCCUAAAUUAUACUAACGUAUACUAUUUUGUGAUGCAAGUUGAUAUUUAAUACCAUGUUUCUGCAUGUAUAGCAUGUUUUUAUUCUUGUUUAUCAAUGUUUAUUUUCAAAGGUCCGUGCUAUUGUGUCGAAAAGAAUAAAAGACAAGUUUGACAUCAUCAGGGUACCAAGGUACUCAUAAAUUGCUCCUAUGAAAUAUAUAUUUUUCAUUGAACGAACUAACUACCUGAGACAAAAAAAACCCGAAAUAUCUAUUUUUAUUUUUUUAUUUGUGCAUACCAAAAAUAACUCGUUUUCAAACCGCGAUAACUCUUCUAAUAUGUGGGUUCCCGGUUUCCCGACCCUACCUAGCUUUUGGACGCCGAAAUCCCGACCCUAAACUUUUUUAUUGGAUCAUGCUUGUAAAUGUUUCCACUUAGAGGAAAACGUUUGUGAAAAAUGGAAAUUUGAGGCAAUAUUAGGGAAAUUUAUCUUUGAAUGUGGAAGCACUGACUAAACAAAAUGGCGUCCGUUAGGAAAAUUUAAUAAAAAGUUUAAAAAAAUGUUAAAACCGACCUACCCUACCUAAGUUUUUACAAGAAGAAAUAGGAACCCACAUUUUUUUUUGGCGUUAUAAAGAGUAAACAUUCGUGAAUUCACUCGUGUGAUUUUGUUUUAGUUACCUUGUAAAAAAGUACAAUUUACUCCUGAAUAUUUCAAUGCCACUUUGAAGGUCAUGUUCUUUGACCCAAAACUUGCAUAAAAACAAUGGGAAUUUAACAUAAGUAAAAUGCGAUAUAUAUACAAAAUUAUUCAAAAAUUCUUUUAUUAAAUUACUAAACAAAAAAGUUAUCAAAACAUACUUUUGAGAAAACGAGAUCUUCACAGCAAAAAUCGCAAUAUAUUUCAACAGUUUUUAGUCGAACAGCGCGACGAGAAUAAAUAUCUUGAAUAAUAAUGGGACGCACUGAUUUGCGCGUUGCAUUUCGGGAAGACCCUCAUUCCUCCUCUGACCGUGGUCCAAAAGAGUUAUUUUUGGCGACAAAUCGAGGAGUGAGACAAUUUGCAAACUCGAAACGCUACCCAGAAAAUCGAAAAAUCUACGCUAUCGAUACUAAAGAUAGCAAAAUACAGUGAAUUUACUUCGUUGGACUUACUUCCAAGCCCGAAAUGUACUUUUCUCCCACCAAAAUGAAAAAAACAAAAACAAAUAUAAACAUAGAAAAAACACUUGCCAGUGCUACAUGUUUUGCUUCAAAUGCUCCACAUAUAUUCAGCUAUAUAUUCUUUUCCUAUUUUUGUUCCAUCCCUGACUGUGACAGAUAUGUUAUUGGGCCAAAUUCCUAUAUGUUGCAGAUAUGUUACAGAUACUUUAGUACAUAUAUUUUGCAGAUAUUUUAGAGAACUGUGACAUAUCUGCCACAUAUCUGUUAGUUUGGUAAAGUUUAGGUAGAUAGAUCAUUCAAACAUCGAAGUUUGUGAAUAUUCUUUGCCAUUAAAUUCAAUAAAAACUAUUAUCUAGGAAUAUGACAAUAAACGACUUGACUGUAUCACUGGUCAUCAAUUUGGUGAGUGUUCUACAUUGUAUCCAUUAUUGAUAAACUUUAAAUAUUAACAGAAGUAUACCGCAAAUGCAAUUUGAUCCCAUGGAAGCUUAGGCGAAACAUUAUUCAAAUCUAGUUAUUUUCGUAAUAGAUUGUUCCAAGUAGGUUCAAUUUGUGCAGUUUACUAUAUUAAUGUAUCUGUGUAUUUUCCUAUUUUUAGAGUCUUACGUCUGGUGUUGGCUUUUACGAACUAAAAACAAAGGAAGCAAUAUCGAAAGACAGAAAAAUUGUUCUUCAAAUAAGCAAAUCAGGCAUGUACAUUGUGUACACGUUAAUAGUAGUACUAAAGUAAUGCACAAUGUGAUCCAGAUAGCUGAUACAUUACCAGAAAUUUGAUUCAUUUUGCGCUAUGGCGACAAUGUUUGAGAAGGUGCAACGCACUGUUGUCUAACAUAAGAGAGAGGAGAGUCUGUGACUUUGGGUUGAAAUUCUAGGGAAUUUCUUUCGAAAUCCAGUAAAAUAUCAGACAUUUUCUUCAAGAAAUACAAGUUAUUUUAAUACAAAUUUGAUUUUGGCGCUAUUCGGCUCAUGAAAGAGUGUGCAAAUUUUGUAAACAGCGGAAAUAAGCGAGUUAAAAGGCUUGGUUGCUAAGCUAAAGUAAAUAUGGUGGCUGUAAGCUUCUCUGGAAAAUAAAACGUGAAUAAUGGCCUUUUUCCCGGGCUGCAUGAACGGGACAUUUGCAAGCCCAGAUAAUGUUCAAAAAUGCCAUUUUUCAGUGCUAUUUUGCGGCCUCCUGUUUUAUUAUGGAAGAAUCUUUUCUAAUGCAUUAAAAAGAUCGUAAAAUGAAGAAACUUUUGAGCGGUCGGCAUCGAUAGAAUGGCCAAGUACACGAACAGGUCAAAGCUUGGAAGUCAAGGUAGAUGAAGGAAUUUUGAGCAAAUUAUAUACAAAAUACAGCAAAAGCGUCGUGUUAUUUUGGAAUUAUUUUGCGGCCCGAGGAUUACACGAAAUUGCGAAACUACUUUCGCUUUAUCCCACUCUUGGACAUUACUUAUCAACAAGAGGUCCGCACUCAGAAUUAAAUUUAUUAAAACUGCCAAAAAAUCAGAUUUUGUUUCAAAUUCAAUACAUUUCUUAAAAGCUUUGGAAGCCAUUUUGAAGCUUCAAUUUCAUUGGCAUGCGGUAUUUCAUCAUGUGAAAUGAAUCAGAUUUCUGGUAAUGAGCUAAAAUACGGCAACGAAGACCAUAUAUACAUUUGUCAUUAAUGUAUGACUUGUUUGAUCUCGCCUCCUCGGCAGACAUCUCGUGGAGGCAUUUGUCUUUUUCCCCACAUGCAACCAAGUUCUGCCUGCCAAUCGAAACGCCAUGCAUGCACGCCUGCGUAUGAGUCCAUGUUUAAUUCAGCCUAGUCCCAGGCUCUCUCUCUAUUCGCUGCUUUGGUAUAUUUAAAUAAGUCUUAGGAGUUUUAUGCCUAGCAGAUUUCGGUAAAAUGGUCCCUGAUUUCAAAAAAGUGGUCCCUGGCCUGGUUACCAAGCAUACCGCGUUUGUAAAUAGAAAGUGUUAUGGAAAUUUCCUUUGCGUUUAUAAUUAAGUAAUUAAUUUUGCUCUAAUGCUGUCGGAACAAUGAAAUAGGCUACGUUUCGCUACCAUACGGUCAGUAUGGAAUAACGGGGCUAAAUAUGACUCGUGUUUACUAAAAUAUGAAGCCAUAUUUUAAAAAUGAUAUCUAGAAGCUUGAAAAUUAUGGCAAUUAUUUCCAAUUUCCUCAGCUACUUAAAUUAAACCUGUCAAGUAGAAAGCGUAGUUUUGUAUACCAGUAUGGUCCAGUGUUGAUCACAACUUGCGAGUAUAUAUAUAUAUAAAUAACAUCAACGAAUAUACUACCAUUGCUCAGACUCAGUAUCGUAAAUUUGUAUAUAAUUUUUUUUAAUUGAGUACAUUUUUAAUACAGUAUGAAUUUGAUUAUGUAGACAUCGAACAUGAUCAACGAGCAUUGUCGUAUUUACAAGGUUAUUUGUAUAUAUAAAUUUUCCGCCAUAUUAAAAAUACUGAAAUCUGCUAGGCGUUCUGAAGCACCUUUAGUGGUGACGUCACACCUAGGUUCCAGUCUCGUACUACAUCCACGUUUUUUUCUCGCGCUUGCUUCAGAACGACUGGGACUAGGCUGUGUUUGAUUGAUUGUAGACUUGUCAUUAUUGGAGAGCGAGAAAGUGAAGAAUUGUCAAUAUUAGACUCGGACGUAAACCAAUACAAUGUCGUUUUUUUCUGAACAGGAUAAUCUUAGUGAACAAAAAUUUAUAAUAUAUGAAACUAAACAGAAAUCACAUCUUGUAUAGUUGAAUGAUACGAAAUUGACUAGCUUUGCACCCAGUUUUGCACCCAGUUUUGCACCCAGUUUUGCACCCAGUUUUGCACCCAGUUAACAAAUUUGAAAUAUUUGGUAAAUGCAUAUACCCUUAUAAACCCCGUACAAAUAAUGCCAUUUGAUUUCCACACUCGUCUGAAAUUGGUAUACAACCACGAGUGCAUCAGUGUAACUUUUUGCAGAUGAACGAUUUCGUUUCACAAGUUUUAUGCGUGAUUGUUUAUGCAAUACAACACUUAGUCGCAGGACGUAACAAAAGUGUCGUUGAUUUGUUUUUGUUUAGGAGAGUUUGUGGACGACCUACCUGGCCCGGAAGAAAAAUGUAAGUUAAAAACUUAA